AUGGGUUGUGGAGGCUCAAGGACAGAUGCGUUAGAGCCACGGUACUUGGAAAGUUGGACCAAAGAGACAGAGUCCACCUGGCUGACCAGCACUGACACAGACAUUCCUCUGUCCUCCAUCCACAGCAUCUCCUCAGAGAACUCUUCAGAAGUCGGCUUUCCCUCAGAAAAAACAGCCAACCAAGGCUCAGACCUUUUCGAUGACGGACUACCAGCUCCUGCUCAGGCUUACCUGAAAGUAUGUUCUGCCAUGUCUGAGUCAGGCCUAAAUGAUGUGAAAACUGGCAACAACCCUCCAAUACUGUGCUCUCAAGAGCAGGAUGUGCUGUCCUCUCCUGGUACCACAGUACAGAGAAGAAGUGUACUACGGACAGAGGAAAUAACCAAAUGGCAGGACAAUAAGAUGUCCACUAAACAGGUGACCAUCACAGUGACCCAGAGUAUUCGGCAGGUGGCUAAGAGUGGCAAGAUAGAGAAAUCCCACACCACCUUUGAGGUCAUGAAACCAGUGGAGUCUGUACUGAAGUGA